AUGGAAGCUCACAAUCAAUUCUUGAAGACUUUCCAAAAAGAACGUCAUGAUAUGAAGGAAGCUGAAAAGGAUGAAAUCCUUUUGAUGGAAAACAGCCGUAGAUUCGUUAUGUUCCCUAUCAAAUACCACGAAAUCUGGGCUGCUUAUAAGAAGGUUGAAGCCUCUUUCUGGACUGCGGAAGAAAUCGAAUUGGCUAAGGACGCUGAAGAUUUCCAAAAAUUGACUGAAGACCAAAAGACCUAUAUCGGUAACUUGUUGGCUUUGUCCAUUUCUUCCGACAACCUUGUCAACAAGUACUUGAUCGAAAACUUCUCUGCCCAAUUGCAAAACCCUGAAGGUAAGAGUUUUUACGGGUUCCAAAUUAUGAUGGAAAACAUCUACUCUGAAGUUUACUCCAUGAUGGUUGAUGCUUUCUUCAAGGAACCUAAGAACAUCCCUCUAUUUAAGGAAAUUGCCAAUUUGCCUGAAGUCAAGCACAAGGCUGCCUUCAUCGAAAGAUGGAUUUCCAACGAUGACAGCUUGUAUGCUGAAAGACUAGUAGCAUUUGCUGCAAAAGAAGGUAUUUUCCAAGCUGGUAACUACGCUUCUAUGUUCUGGUUAACUGACAAGAAGAUCAUGCCAGGUUUGGCCAUGGCCAACAGAAACAUCUGUAGAGACAGAGGUGCUUACACCGAUUUUUCAUGUUUGUUGUUUGCUCAUUUGAGAACCAAGCCAAAUGUCAAGAUCAUUGAAAAAAUCAUUACUGAAGCUGUGGAAAUUGAAAAGGAAUACUACUCAAACUCUUUGCCAGUAGAAAAAUUCGGUAUGGAUUUGAAGAGCAUCCACACUUACAUAGAAUUUGUCGCUGACGGUCUAUUACAAGGUUUCGGUAACGAAAAAUACUACAACGCUGUCAACCCAUUCGAAUUCAUGGAAGAUGUCGCUACCGCUGGUAAGACCACCUUCUUUGAAAAGAAGGUCUCCGAUUACCAAAAGGCUAGUGACAUGUCUAAGUCUGCUACCCCAUCCAAGGAGAUCAACUUUGAUGAUGACUUUUAA